UGUAGCCUAUGUUAUUAAAAGCGUGGUUACAGGGUUUAGAAAAUGUAAUUAAUAUCAAGUAAGUCAAUAAAUAACAUUGCCUAUUUCGAAUAAGUAACAUUAGCCGUAAACUAGAAAUCAAUCUGACAGGAAUGAAAUGAUGCUAUUGGGAAAUAUUUAAAAGGUUUUUGUUCAAACUUUGGACAAGACAAACAAACCGAUCAAAGAGCAGGCCAAUGCCAAAGUCCAACAUAACAAACAGAACGGCUAGAGAAUCCUGCAGAGAUGCCUGCAGUCACAAGGGUUGAGCUGGAACCCCCUCCCCCAGGUCUGGAGCUCGAGCACCAGACUCUCUUCACUGGGGAGGCCCUGACAUUCCUGGCCGAGCUUACCACUACUUUCCAGUCUGAAGUUGACAGGGUGUUAAAACUUAGAACCCUCCGGAAAGCACAGUUGGACCUGACUGGAGAUCUCCCAGGGUUCAGUGCAGCUACGGCCCACAUCCGGAACAACCCUGACUGGAGGGUCAGUCCGGUUCCAGCCAGACUGCAGUGCAGACACGUGGACAUCGGUGACCUCGCACCCUGUGACACAGAUCGCUUCCUCCAGGCUCUGCAGUCCCCUGCCCAGGGUAUACAGGUUGAUUUUGAUGAUGGCAAUUGUCCAACAUACUACAAUCAAAUUAAGGGGAUUUAUAAUGUUUACCAGGCUGUCCACAACCAGUUUCACAAUGCCCCGCCCAUUUCCCAGGCCCCAAUUCUGAUGCUCCGCCCACGAGCUUGGAAUAUGGUGGAGCAUUGCAUGAUGGCAAAUGGUAGGGAGGUUCCUGGUCCGCUGUUUGACUUUGGUCUCUUGAUGUUCCAUAAUGGAAACCUGCUGUUUCAAAAUCAGAGUGGUCCAUUUUUCUACCUGUCUAAAGUUGAGAGCUAUUUGGAGGCAAGGCUAUGGAAUCAGAUAUUUACCUGGACUGAACAUAAGCUUGGCCUUCCUAUAGGCAGUAUUAAAGCCACUGUGUUGAUAGAAAGUGUGCUGGCCUCCUUUGAGAUGGAUGAGAUCCUGUAUGAGAUGAGGGACCACUCUGCCGGUCUCAACUGUGGGAUCUGGGAUUACUCUGCCUCGUUUGUCAACAAGUUUGGUCAACGUCCUGACUUCCUGCUCCCUGACCGCAGCAAGUACGUAAACAUGGAAAAACGCUUCCUGAGGAGUUACAUGGACCUGCUGGUCCAGACCUGUCAUCGGCGUGGCGCUCUGGCCACUGGGGGGAUGGCCGCACUUCUGCUGCCCCCUGACAAAAACAGCACCCUCUACAGCACAGUCCUCAGUACUGUCAUCAGGCUGAAGUUGCUUGAAAUAAAAGCUGGAGUUGAUGGCUUCAUGGUGUAUGACAUGGACUUCAUUAAGCCAAUGCAAAAGCUGUUCCAGGUUCAUACUAAGAGGGAGAACCAAUUGCAUGAGUUGCUCAGUGACCUCAAGGUGACCCCGGAAGAUCUCCUCAGCAUGCCAGCGGGGGGAGUGACACUGUUUGGACUCAAGCACAAUAUUGCAGUAGGGAUCCUCUUCAUUGAGGCCUGGCUGACUGGUCGAGGACAUUUCUUUUACAAGGGCCAGGUGGAGGACUCCGCCACAGCCGAGAUCUCCAGAUCCCAGGUGUGGCAGUGGAUCCGCCACCAGGUCAGACUAGAGGAUGAUGGGACCACAGUGACACGUGCGCUCGUGCAAAAUCUCGUCCGAGAGAUGAUGAGUCACUUAAAGGAGGCCAUUCACUGCAGAACUGUGAGGGACCAGCAAAGGCUUGACACUGCAGCCUCCAUGUUUCUCGAGGUGGUCCAGAAAAACGACUUCCCAGAGUUCCUCACGACAUACCUGAACCUGGACCACACCUUCCUCUCCUCACAGAGCCUGCACCAGAGGGUGGAGCAGGAUGGAGGUGGUCAGCUGCAGUCCAAACUGUAAUUGCGGGACAGUAGCCAUGAUGUCUACACUUCUGGUGCUUAAAAACAACAUUAGCCUUCCACAGCUCACUUGAAUGAAUAAACAUCAAGUAACAUCAUA